AUGGCCGCUUCUAAAGUCCUGGUUAUCGGAGGUACUGGGCCUGCGGGAAUCUGCUUGCUUCGAGAGCUUCUAUAUCGCACGCAUGCAACCGUUGUCUACGCCCGAAACCCUUCCAAGAUUCCUGAGGACCUGCUGUCGAACACACUACUCGAGGUUGUCAAGGGUGAGUUGACCGACACCGACGCCCUCUCUACUGCCGUAUCGAAAUGUCGUAUCAUCGUUUCCCUCCUCGGUCCAAACGACCUCUUCAAUAUCCAGCCGACCAUAUAUGUCGACUUUUAUUCAUCCCUCUUUACGUUGAUGCGGCAGCACGGAGUGCGGCGCAUCUUCGCCAUGGGCACACUAUCGAUCCCAAACUCGAACGAUACUUUCUCGCUAACGCGAGCACUGACCGUGCUUCUUGUGCGCAUCAUUGUUAACCGCGGCUACCAAACAGCGUUGGCUAUUGGACGGGUGUUCAAGGAGCGAGCCGAUGGCCUCGAUUGGACUGUCUUCCGCAUUGCCGGCAUUCCUGGUGGCUCCGAUGAGGCGUCUUGGAGAAGUGAUAGGGAAGACGGCGAUACAUUUGAGGGUUGGAUUGGACAACAGGGAUGGUCCAGCUUUCAGAAGAGGGGGGCACUAGCAAGGUGGUUGGUGGAUGCGGUGGAGGAUGGAAAGGCACAGUGGAUUGGCAAGAUGCCGGCGGUAAGUCGUCUAGCUGGGAGUCAACGUAAAGACGCUUAA